AUGCGUUUUUUAAUUGCUUUAUAUUUAUUUUUCUCUUUGAUGCACAAACAUAUUGUGGCCAGCUCAGGAGAGUAUUGCCAUGGCUGGUCCGACUCUUACAAGAUCUGGCACAAGGGCUUCCAGUGUCCAGAGCAGUAUGACGGCCAGGAUGCAAAGUACUGCUGUGGGACCUGUGCUCUCCGCUACUGUUGCACGGCGGUGGAGGCGAGGCUGGAUCAGAGCUCCUGUGACCUGGAAGAAUUUUUUGAAUUUGAAAACGAUAACACAAUCAACAUGACACCAACGGUACCCGCCUACUUGCCAUUUGUGAUAGUUGUGAGCACAUUUCUGUCCUUUGUGCUACUUGGUACCAUUGUAUCCAUAUGUUGCUGCCAGUGCCUAAAGCCAAAGGCACAGGAUCGUCAAAAUGCAUCAGCACCCUUCCAGACCAGCCUUUUGGAAUCUGGAGGGCCAUCUCCAGAGAGCAUGACUCCAUCUCGCCAGUCUAGUUCCAGCUCAACAGGAAGAUCAACAUUGGCACCCCCAAGACAACCAACCACCUCCACUCCUGGCACUGAUGUCAACGUAAACAUGUAUGUUGCGCCUUUGAAUAAUGGAUACCCUGUUUCAAGCACACAGUCUAACCAGUAUGUGCCUCACCCGCAGCCCCCUGGUCCAUUCUAUCAGCCAUAUCUAAACUAUGGGAUGCCCCCAGAGCACACGUUGCUAAUGGCUCCAUUCUUAGAUAACCGCUCAAUGUACGGACACCAACUGGUCCAUUCCAUCCCUCAGACUCCAAUGCACACAGAACAGUUGUACACAGGUGUCACAAUAUGAGGCGAUUACUCUAUGGACAACUUUUUGCCACAUGACAGUCAUUUUU